AGGGGAAAACAUAAAUAGGUCGCAAGCAAAAUAGUCGCCUCCCGUAUCCCUCAUUCUCUCCCUCGAUCCGCCGCAGGUUUCCGUUCCCUUCCUCCCUCGUCACAGCCCCCUCUCUCGCCGGCGACGCGAUUCCUCUCUCCGGCGACGAACCUGCAGCCGCAUCAUUCGGCGACACUCAUAUUGAUUACUGUAUUUAUCCAUUUACUUUAACGCUCCCUCACAAUUUCGUCGCCCUACCUCGAUCUGUAUCUGCCUCACCCUUCAGUGGUUCCAACGAUUUUUCGAUUUCUCUCAACUUUGGUGGUCCGAGGCAUUGGGACGUUAGGUUGGUGCCAAAAGGAUAUUUGUGUUGUCUGAGCAGUAUACAUUUUUCUCCGACAGUGGUAUGGAUAUGAAGUAUAAUAGAGAGUCAGAUUAUGAUGGAUUGAAAAAGAAUGGAGAUAAGCAUCACCAUGGUAGUCGAAAAAGAUAUUCCAGACGACACGGCCGUCGUGAAAAUGAAAGCGAUUCUUCUGGUGCUAGUGAAGGAUAUAGGAGUAGAAGACCUGAGAAGAAAGAUGUGUAUAAUGAUGAUGACAGGCAUAAGGUCAGAAUUAGUGGGAAAAAUGACGAGCACAUGCGUGAUAGGUGGCAAAGUGAGGAAGAAAGAAAGAAUGCGUCUCGACGGAGUCCUGACGAAGGUUAUGAGAGAAUAGACAGAGAUAGAAAGAAGCAUGAUAGAGAUAGAAGGCAUCAAGACAAAAAUCGACAUAGAGAACAAGAGAGAGGAGACCGGAAAGAAUCAUAUCAAAGUUCUGAUGAAGGCAAACUACGAGAGAAAAGGCAUGCACGUAGGCAACGUGAAGCUGAGAACGAGAAUAAAAAUAUGGAACGCCAUUUGCGUCAUGAUUCAGAAGAUGAGCGUGACAAGGAAUUGGACAGAAAAUCAGAACAUCGAAGGAAUUUGACUGACAAAGAUAGGCAGAGGAAGCAUCUUGACCAUCCACCUCACAGGGAGGAAAAAUUGUCUGAAAACCAUUUGAAUUCUGAUGCUUCAAAUUUGGGUAAGAGUGGGGGCGUUUACAUUCCACCAUUUAAGUUGGCCCGAAUGAUGAAGGAGGUCCAAGACAAGAGUAGUGUUGAAUACCAACGUUUGACAUGGGACGCACUACGAAAGAGUAUCAAUGGUCUUGUUAACAAGGUCAAUGCUACUAAUAUAAAGAAUAUAAUUCCGGAGUUAUUUGCUGAGAAUCUAAUCAGGGGUAGGGGUCUAUUCUGCCGCUCCUGUAUGAAGUCACAAAUGGCAUCCCCAGGGUUCACCGACGUAUUUGCUGCGUUGGUUGCUGUUGUGAAUACUAAGUUUCCAGAAGUGGGCGAACUUCUAUUAAGAAGAAUUGUAUUGCAGCUCAAAAGAGCAUAUAAAAGGAAUGACAAGCAUCAACUACUAGCUGCUGUAAAAUUUAUAGCACAUCUAGUGAACCAACAGGUGGCUCAUGAAAUAAUUGCACUAGAGCUUCUGACUGUGUUGCUGGAGAAUCCCACAGAUGAUAGUGUUGAGGUCGCGGUUGGUUUUGUGACCGAUUGUGGAUCAAUACUACAAGAUCUUUCACCUAAAGGGCUUCAUGGAAUAUUUGAGCGUUUUCGGGGAAUUCUUCAUGAAGGAGAAAUAGACAAAAGGGUUCAGUUUCUGAUCGAAGGCCUAUUUGCAAUCAGGAAAGCAAAGUUCGAGGGCUAUCCAGCUGUUCGUCCGGAGCUGGACCUUGUAGAGCAAGAAGAUCAGUUAACUCACGAAAUCUCUCUUGCAGAAGAGAUAGAUCCUGAGAUUGCUCUAGAUAUCUUCAAAGCUGAUCCAAAUUUCCUCGACAAUGAGAAGCGUUAUGAGGAUUUGAAGAAAAAUAUACUUGGCGAGGAAUCUGAGGAUGAGGAUGAUCAGUCGGUUGUUGGAUCAGAUGAUGAAGACGAGGACGACGAAGAUGAUUCUGAAGAAGAUGAUGAGCAGCAGAUGCAAAUAAAUGAUGAAACAGAGACCAAUCUGGUGAACCUCAGAAGAACAAUAUAUCUGACAAUUAUGUCCAGUGUAGACUUCGAGGAGGCCGGGCAUAAGCUUCUGAAAAUUAGACUCGAGCCUGGUCAAGAAAUAGAGUUAUGUGUCAUGCUGUUGGAAUGUUGCAGCCAGGAGAGAACUUACCUUCGAUAUUAUGGUCUGUUGGGGCAAAGAUUUUGCAAGAUCAACAAAGUGUAUCAGGAAAAUUUUGAGAGAUGCUUCGUCCAGCAGUAUUCGAUGAUUCAUAGGCUUGAAACUAAUAAGCUACGUAAUGUAGCCAAAUUUUUCGCGCACCUUCUCGGCACGGAUGCUCUCCCAUGGCAUGUCUUGUCUUACAUUCGCCUAACCGAAGAAGACACCACAUCUUCCUCUCGUAUUUUUAUUAAGAUCCUUUUCCAGGAACUGUCAGAGCAUCUGGGCAUUCAACUGUUGAAUGAACGUCUCACGGACCCGACAAUGCAGGAUUCGUUUGAAUCCAUUUUCCCUAGGGAUAAUCCAAAGAACACAAGGUUUUCUAUCAACUUCUUCACGUCUAUUGGGCUUGGUGGUCUCACAGAGAAUUUGCGAGAAUACUUGAAGAAUAUGCCACGCCUAAUCAUGCAACAGCAGCAAGAACCAGCAUCUGACCCUGAUGACGAUUCUCAAAGUUCUGAUUCGUCGGUCUCAACUGCUUCCGAGUCGGAAUCAGAGUCGUCCAGCUCCGAGGAAAGUGAAGCUGAAGAAAGGAGACGUGGAAAGAAGAGAAAAACAGGAAGGUGAUUGCAUUAUUAUAUAUUCUCUCCAUGCGUGCAAGAUAUUUUUGCCUUUCUAGAUGAUGUAUAUAAAUCUUUGAUAGUUUAUUUUUUAAAAUGCAAUCUAGACCAUCAAAUGACUAUUAGAAAUUGUUAGGUUAAUGGAAAGCUACUCUAGUUUUUUACUAGGAUAAUGGUUUAGAUACUCUAGUUUUUCUUUUC